AGCAAAGAAGAAACAGGCAUAUAACGCCGCGACGCCGCUAUCGUCGCUGCUGCUGCCACCCCUUUGUCAGCGGCUGUAGGUUUUCGUUGCGGAAGCUUUGCGGCAAGGUUGGCAAGGUCACCUACAGUGGACUGCCGCGCCGGCUUCAACGUUGGGACGGUUGGGCGGAGACAAGGCCCGAUAAGCGGCAUUUGACCAUCGUCUGAUAACGCUUCCCUGAUAUCGAGUGAAAGAACCGACCAUGGCGGAAGUAGCCGAAGCACCGAGGCCGCAGGCCAUGUAUGCCGUGCACGCCAACACGCUGCUUGAGCACCUCAGCUCUCUGGACAUCAACCAGCCGACGGCGUUUGUCAGGCUUACUGGAAUCAUCUGCACCAUCGGUCCUGCAUGCCAAAGUGUGAAGAUGCUGGUGAACAUGAUGAAGGCUGGCAUGAACAUUGCCAGGUGCAACUUCUCGCACGGUACUCAUGAGUACCAUGCACAAACCAUGAAGAAUAUCCGAGAAGCAGAGCGCUUGCUGAACGAAGAAAUCAAGCCCGAUUCUCGUCGCAUUGCCAUCGCAUUGGACACCAAGGGCCCCGAGAUUCGCACAGGCAUUCUAACCGGGGCCAGUGGAACAGCUAAGGAAAUUGAACUGAAGAAGGGUGCAAAGAUCACGGUCACUACAGACAAGGCCUUCUACGACAAAUGCGACGAGAACAACCUCUACAUUGACUACGAAAACAUGCCCAAGGUCCUCAAAGUGGGAAGCACGAUCUACAUCGAUGAUGGCCUCAUGUCCCUUUCUGUGAAUGAGAUUGAUGGCAACAAGCUGCACUGCACCAUUGAUAAUGGCGGCAUGCUCGGUAGCAUGAAAGGCGUAAACUUGCCCGGAGCCCAGGUCGACCUGCCAGCAGUCUCUGAAAGAGACAAACAGGACCUGCUCUUUGGUGUUGAACAAGGGGUGGACAUGAUUUUUGCUUCAUUCAUGAGGAAUGCUAAUGGUGUGAGGGAAAUGCGGAAGGUUCUUGGUGAAAAGGGCAAGGAUAUCAAGAUCAUGUGCAAGAUUGAGAAUGAUGAAGGUGUUCACAAGUUUGAUGAAAUCCUUGAGGUGACUGAUGGUAUCAUGGUGGCUAGGGGUGACCUGGGAAUUAAUAUUCCAGCUGAGAAGGUCUUCCUGGCUCAGAAAAUGAUGAUUGCCAAGUGCCAGAUGCUCGGCAAGCCAGUGAUUUGUGCCACUCAGAUGUUGGAGAGCAUGACUCAUUUGCCGCGGCCUACUCGAGCUGAGGCAUCUGACGUGGCCAAUGCCGUUCUGGACGGAGCAGACUGUGUGAUGCUGUCUGGCGAGACUGCCAAAGGAGACUACCCUAUAGAAGUGGUGAAUAUGAUGCACAAGAUCUGCGUUGAGGCAGAGUCCGCCUUCUACCAGAAGGAUGUCUUCAUCCAUCUGUCGCACAUUGCUCCAAGCCCCACGGAUGGCACCCACACGAUUGCCAUUGCUGCUGUCACUGCAUCCAUCAAGUGCCUCGCCGCUGCAAUCGUUGUCAUCACUACCACUGGAAGGACUGCCCACCUGAUUGCAAAGUACCGACCCCGUUGCCCUAUCAUAGCAAUCUCACGAAUGGAGCAGACUGUUCGUCAGGCCCAUCUCUACAGGGGUAUUCUACCCUUUAUCUACCAGGGUGAGCGCCAGGCCGACUGGCCAGCCGACGUUGAUGCCCGCAUUGAGUACGCCCUUGAGAUAGGCAAGAUUCGCGGUUUCCUGCGCAAGGACGACGCAGUCAUCGUCGUGACCGGUUGGCGCAAGGGCGCCGGAGCCACCAACACCCUGCGUGUUGUGUAUGUGCCUGAAAACAAAAUGUUUGAGGGUGUCGAGGGAGACCAUCAUAUGCCUUGAUCCAGGGUCCAGCUCUGCCUGCUUCCAGACAUGCAUGCCUUGCAAAAUUGCAAGAAAGUGGCAAAAUAAAUGCAAAACUAUUUA